AAAAAAAAAAAAAACUUUAUUGACUCACAGCUAUGUCACAGCGUUUGCCCUUCAAUGUAGCCGGUUACUAUUCGUGGUCGAGUUCAUUUAUUUCAUGCUUGCUGUUGCAACUAAAUAAACGUUCAUUUAAAAAAAAAUACAUUGAUUUACCCGUGACACUAUGGCUGGCAAGAUUUUACCUGUUCUAAAGUUGGCGACUAAGGUGACCAUUGCAGGAGGUGCUUUGUAUGUUGCCUAUGAUUCUGGACUAUUAGGGGGAAGUGAGCAGGGCUCCAAGGUCAUAGGAAAAGCUAAAGCUGCCUUUCCCCCUGCAGUGGAUGAGUGGGUGAAGUACUUUGGCUUUGAGCUUCCAGCUUUCCCUAAAAUUGGAUUUGCCCCUGUUGAAGCGUGGAACUCGGGGGUGCACUCCUCCAUAUCUGCUCUCUCAUCGGGCCCUACAGCAGUGGGUGACUACACCAACCAAGGCUUGCAGUACCUGAAAGACCUCGCCAAAUGAGUGACAUCAUGCAACUAGCAGACAUUUAAGAACCAAAUCCUCUGGAGUAACGCGACUGGUGCAAAUACAUACAGCCCUCCUGUAAAAGUCACUUGCUUGCUUUGAAUGCAAAAAAAUGCAGUGGUACAGUAACAUUUGCAGAAUUAGGUUUAGGCCAAUUAUACUUUUUUUGUUUAGUCUAGUUGCUGAUAAUGCCAGGACUCAAUAUUUGCAUUUUGUUGUGUUGACAGCAAUUUGUCAAGACAAGCAGAUAACAAUCUUCCUUUACCCUACUUUUUGAGUCAAAUGAUGACAGAACUUGGGUACCACAGAAAGACCUGCACCCAAGAGAGAAAUCUAAGUAUAUCCUGAUGGACAUGUUUAGUGCUAUCAUGUCUUGUGUGUGUACACAUUGUUAAUUUUGAGAUUUUUAUUUAAGAGCGAUUAUAUAUUGUUCUGGCUUUGACCCAAUUCCCAACCUAUCCCAUCAUGAUCCAACACAUAUUUUAUACAAAAAGAAUGUCUUGUGUGUGUGUAUAUAGAUAUUUAACAAUUUUCUGAGUCUAUAAUAAACCUAAACAUGUCAGUGGUGAGA